GCGGAUAAUGAAGGUAGAUUUUUGUAUUUUCUUCGGAAAAUGUGCCAUAAUUACGGAAAUGUUCCUCCACUCGAAGACAUGUCAGAACUCCUCCAGCAGGUGGAGGCCCUGAGGGAGCACAAACCAUCCAGUGUAUCUAAAACAACCAUUCCAGAGAAAAAGAUUCCUCAAUCCGUUAGUGAAAAUGGUGAUACAAAUAUUACAAGCACUCCUCCAGGUGUUGGCAAGGAAAGCAAAGAACCUGUAAAAAAAGCUACAGGAGUUUCUCAGCCAUCAACCUUUGGUGGAUUCAAGAAGGGUUUUCUCUUUGGUUCCUCAAAUUCAAAACCAAGUUCACAAACAUCUGCUGCCGCCAGGACAACUUCAAAGGAGCCUUCAAAGAAAGUUGAGGAAAUACCAUACAUAAAACCGAAAGAUUCACAGGCAAAGGAAAAGCAAAAUCAGAUGCCUGAAGUACAAGAGGCUAUGAAAGCUAGUCAAUCUCUUCUUGAUAACAAAGAUUGGGUAACCGAUGAUUUGCUUGAAAGGGUGGAGAAAAGUCCAAACCUAAUGAAAUACUUGGCAGACCCAAGAUUUUCCCAAGCUCUGGCUGAGUUUCAGACAAACCCACAAGGUGCUCAAUUGAAGUAUGCUGAUAAUCCAGAGGUGCAGUUAUUUUUUAAAGAUUUUUGUGGUCUUCUAGGAGACCAUUUUUCCAAAAUUGGAACUACCCGGCCCAAUGCUACAUCUACCAAUAAUCAAGGAGAUAUCAAGUUUACACAAAGACCCCGAGCAGAUAUCCAAGAACACAAUCCGAAUGCUCCAACACCCAUUGAAGAAAAGAGGAUGCAGGAGAUACUAAGUAGGCCAGAUGUAAGAGAGGUACUAAUGGAUCCACAGGUUCAGAGCCUAUUUGAGCAGCUGAAAACAAACCCUUCUGAUGCACAAAAGCUAUUACAGACAAAAGAUCCAGCACUUCAUCGGAAGAUUUCAAAACUCGUUGAUGCAGGACUAUUGACAUUCCAAAUGUGAUAGACAAUGUAAUGUUAGUGUCUUUAGCAGAGACUUAUUUUCCUAAAUGUGGUUUCACUCUCAUCCUUGUACAAUCGAUUUGUGUAGUUUGGAAGCUUGUAUGGUUAAAGUAAGUUGACCCUGUUUUGAACAUCUUGAGCGCAAGUUCCUGACAUUAUCUGACUUUAUGGUGCUGAAGCCCUUUCCAAUGAACACAUAGCACAUGUAACUAAUCCGUCCUUGAUGUGGUACCUUAGUAUUGUGUUGGGCACCAUGAAAUAGGAUACUUAUUUGUACUUAUAUUAUUUCAGAGCUGUGUUAUAAAAAGAAU